AUGGCAACUGUUGGAAAGACCUGCAUAGGACUGCUUCGUCCCGGUUGUCUCAGCAGAAUCUUCACUGCGUCGAAAGCUUCAAAGAAUAUAUCGGCAUACCACCCCAAACUAAAGCAUUUGUUAGGUGUUUGUGGCAGUUACACCACCUACAGCUCGGUAACAGAUCAUAACACCACCCUUUCAAGAGUCAGAACUAUCAACAGUGUCAAACCUACCAAGUCCACUGAUGCCGGGAAGAAGGCAUCCCUAGUUAUUUUCGACAAAGACGGCACCCUGAUAUGUUGUCAGGCAAUGUGGUCUCAUUGGGCAAAGAAAAUAGCGUCUAAGUUGGAAGAAAACACCGGACUAGACAUUCAAGAAAAAGUGUUUAAAAAGAUCGGAUUUUGUAACGAAUCUGACCGUGUUGUGCCAGGUCUGUUUGCGGAGGCUACUGAUGAAAUGGUACAAGAUGCUUUAGUAGAGCUUCUCAGACAAGAAGGUCUCGAUGAAAACAAAGGUCGUGACAUUGUGAUCAACAUUUGGGAAGAUGGACAUGGUAUUUUCCAAACUAAACCGUUAGCGGACCUGAACACCUUGUUUAAGAUUUUGAAAAGAAACGGAAUUAAGAUCGCUAUUUGUACUUCUGAUCGACGGCAAGCCACUGAAGCAUUGCUACAUGAUAUAGGAAUUCACAAAUGGAUUGAUCACAUCGUUUGUGGUGAUGACCCAACUAAUGUCCCAAAACCUGCUGCAGAUAACGCUCAGCUGAUCUGCGAAAUGCUUGGUGUGAACCCUGAAGAUACUGUCAUGGUGGGAGACACCAAAGCUGAUGUGGGUAUGGGAAAGGCAGCACAGCUUGGCUGGAAUAUAGGGGUAUUAAGUGGUAUAGGUCAGACAAAUGAUUUGUACCCAGCGGCCAAUCAUGUUAUAGAAAGUGUCCAAGACUUGUUGCCCCUCAUCCUACCGGAGGACCAAUGGAGGGAAUGCUACGCUUACUCCAAUGACAAAAGAAUCUUGAUCGAACCAUAUUCCUUGGAAUCUUCCAAUUCUGAUGAGUAUGCUAGUGUUGAAAAUCAUGUACCGACUGUUGCCCUGAUCAUCUUAGAUCUCCAUGGUACCAUCCUCUGUGCCCACAGCAGGUUCGGCAAAUGGACGGACCAAAUCUGUUCAAACUUAGAACAAGCGACUGGUCUUUGUGAUCUGAGAUCAGAAAUUUACCAGAGGCUAGGCAUAUGCGAACAGACAGGUAAAGUAAAGAACGGGCUGUUGAAUGAACAUGGAACCGCUAACUUGGAGGUGAGGUCGUCACUAGUGGAGAUGAUCCAUAAACACUUGACAUAUGAGGAGUCUCUGAUGGUUGUGAACAAAGUCUGGCAGGAGUGUGAAUGUAUACUUCGAGAAGAACCACAAUCUCUUCUCAGGGAUAUAAAAAAAUUCUUCAAAACACUAAAGAGAAAAGAAAUCAAAAUAGCAAUAUGUACUGGAGAUAAACGAGAGCUUGCUCUGUCAGAUUUGACACAUCUAGGUGUUUUGAAGUAUGUUGAUAUGAUGAUCUGUGGAGAUGAUCCGCACUUUUUCGCACGAUCUCUUGAUCACAGCACACAAAUCAUAUGUGACGAACUCAAUGUCAGCCCUGAGAAAACUGUCUUAGUUGGUGAUUCUUUCAAAGAUUUUGCAUUUGGAAGAUCAACGAGGGUGCAAAAGAUUGGUGUGUUAUCAGGUGUAGGGUCUGCAGAUGACCUGCAGUGGGUCACCGACCUAGUUGUACCUACUGCAGACCAUGUGAUUGAUCAUAUCAUGGAUGACUCAUCGACCAGUCCCAAUAAACGGAAGAUACAUCUAAAUGUGGCUCCUCUGACGAGGAAGGUCGACCUCCAGAGUCGAUAUUUCAGCACCACGCCACGAAGGAGACAAUCGUCCAGUUGCAUUAAUGGUAUACAGGUGAGGAAUGUAUCCACGAUAUCUAGAGCUGGAUCCACCUACGACUACGUCAUCGUUGGUGCAGGAUCAGCUGGCUGCACUCUCACCAAUCGACUGUCUGUUGAUCCAAACAACAAAGUGUGUGUUCUGGAGGCUGGUCCAAGAGACUACACCUGGAAAAUACACAUGCCUGCUGCCCUCAUGUACAACCUGUAUGAUAACAAGUACAACUGGUUCUACCAUACCGAACCAGAGCCUAACAUGAACAACAGGGUCAUGUACUGGCCACGAGGACGAGUCUGGGGAGGAUCGUCUUCACUCAAUGCCAUGGUAUACGUCCGUGGCAAUGCUGGUGAUUAUGAUGGAUGGGAGAAGGCUGGGGCAAAGGGAUGGUCAUAUGCUGACUGUUUACCAUACUUUAAAAAAUCUCAGACCCAUGAACUUGGGGAGAAUGACUACAGGGGAGGUGAUGGUCCUCUUCACGUAUCACGAGGAAAGUCCAACAACCCACUGCAUCAGGCUUUUAUAGAAGCAGGUCAGCAGGCCGGCUUCCCGUUUACAGAAGACAUGAACGGCUAUCAGCAGGAGGGCGUAGGGCCGAUGGACAUGACCAUUCACAAAGGCCGGCGAUGGAGUGCUGCUAUGGCUUACCUCAGGCCAGCUUUAAAACGUGACAAUGUGACAGUGGAAUCAAAUGCCUUGUCCACGAGGAUUGUAUUUGAGAACAAGCGAGCCGUGGGUGUAGAGUAUGAACAGAAGGGAGUAAAAAAGGUUAUCAGAGCAGAGAAGGAGGUGAUUUUGAGUGGAGGAUCAAUCAACUCUCCUCAGCUUCUCAUGUUAUCGGGUGUAGGUAAUGCAGACGAGCUGAAGUCGCUGGACAUUCCUGUAGUUCAACACCUUCCUGGUGUUGGAGAAAACCUCCAGGACCAUCUUGAUGUAUGUGUACAGGAGGCAUGCAAGCUUCCCAUCACUCUUUAUUCUGCUCAGUGGAAAUUCCCUCACAAUAUGAUUCGCAUUGGGCUUCAGUGGUUCCUUACACAGACAGGUGAUGGAGCGACGACUCACUUCGAAAGUGGCGGGUUUGUUCCAAGUGAAGAAGGCUUAGAAUAUCCUGACAUUCAGUUCCAUUUCGUACCAGCUGUUACAAACGAUCAUGGGCGUAAUACUGGUAAUGAACAUGCCUAUCAACUCCACGCGGGACCUAUGCGCGCCACCAGUAGAGGCUAUGUCAAGCUGAAAACCAGAAAUCCAAAAGACCAUCCAAAGAUUGUAGCCAACUACCUGUCUACAGAAUAUGAUUUGAGGACAAUGAGGGACAGCGUUAAAGCUGCAAGGAAAGUGUUUAAACAGAAAGCGUUCGAUCCUUUCCGUGCUGGUCGAGAGAUAAAGCCUGGACCUAAUUGUCAAUCAGACGCUGAAAUAGAUGCUUUCAACCGUGCUAAUGGAGACACCGACUACCAUCCAUCAUGUACAUGUAAAAUGGGAGAUGAGAGUGACCCGAUGGCUGUGUUGGAUUCUCAGACUCGUGUUUUAGGUGUAGAUAAUCUUCGAGUAGUUGAUGCCUCUAUCAUGCCAAAUAUUAUUACUGGAAACCUGAACGGCCCGACAAUAAUGCUGGCUGAAAAGGCGGCUGACAUUAUCCUGGGGAACAAACCACUGUCUUGGUCUAAUGCUCCUGUAUACAAGAACAAAGUAUAGCAAAUUAAAUAAUGAUUCUCAAAUAGGGUUUGGUAGAAUAUUAUU